CGUGGCCCGGGAGCCGGGGCCGGCGGAGCGGCGCGCGGGGCUCGGCGGGGCGCGGACGCCGAUGCCCGCACGCGCCGCCGCUUCCCGCCGCGGGCAGCGCUCCCAAGUCGGAGCUGAUCCUGGAUCCUGUGGUAUUUCUGUACUGCAGAGAUGAGCUCUGUGGCGACAGACAAGGUUGCAGGCAAGCUGAGCUCCACUCUCUCAUGGGUGAAGAACACGGUCUCGCACACCGUCAGUCAAAUGGCCAGCCAGGUGGCGAGCCCAUCUGCCUCCCUCCACACCACAUCCCCCUCCACCACUCUGUCCACACCCGCCCUGUCACCAUCCUCACCAACACAGCUGAGCCCAGACGACUUGGAAUUACUUGCUAAACUUGAGGAACAGAACAGACUUUUGGAAACAGAUAGCAAAUCCUUACGAUCAGUAAAUGGGUCAAGAAGAAAUAGUGGAUCUUCUCUUGUAUCUAGUUCAUCAGCUUCUAGCAAUCUCAGCCAUCUUGAAGAAGACUCGUGGAUCCUGUGGGGGCGGAUUGUGAAUGAAUGGGAAGAUGUACGGAAAAAGAAAGAAAAGCAAGUUAAGGUACUGGUUCGAAAAGGGAUACCUCAUCACUUCAGAGCAAUUGUUUGGCAACUUUUAUGCAGUGCUCAAAGCAUGCCAAUUAAGGAUCAGUAUUCAGAGCUUUUAAAAAUGACAUCUCCUUGUGAAAAAUUAAUAAGAAGGGACAUUGCUAGAACAUACCCUGAACAUGAUUUUUUCAAAGAAAAAGAUAGCCUUGGGCAGGAGGUCUUGUUCAAUGUAAUGAAGGCUUACUCUUUGGUGGAUCGUGAGGUUGGAUACUGUCAAGGGAGCGCUUUUAUAGUUGGAUUGCUGCUUAUGCAGAUGCCAGAAGAAGAGGCAUUCUGUGUGUUUGUUAAAUUAAUGCAAGAUUACAGACUGCGAGAACUCUUUAAACCAAGCAUGGCUGAACUGGGCCUUUGUAUGUACCAGUUUGAAUGCAUGAUACAGGAACAUCUUCCAGAGCUUUAUGUGCACUUUCAGUCUCAGAGUUUUCACACUUCUAUGUAUGCAUCGUCAUGGUUUUUAACUAUAUUCCUUACAACUUUUCCACUACCAAUUGCAACGAGAAUAUUUGAUAUCUUUAUGUCUGAGGGUUUAGAGAUAGUAUUUCGAGUAGGUUUAGCAUUACUUCAGAUGAACCAGGCAGAAUUACUGCAACUUGACAUGGAAGGAAUGUUACAGCACUUUCAAAAGGUCAUUCCACAUCAGUUUGACAGUGGUCCAGACAAAUUAAUCCAAGCAUCUUACCAAGUCAAAUACAAUGCAAAAAAAAUGAAAAAGCUAGAAAAAGAGUACACUACAAUAAAGACAAAAGAAAUGGAAGAACAAGUUGAAAUUAAAAGGUUAAGAACUGAAAAUAGACUCCUAAAACAGCGCAUUGAAACACUAGAAAAAGAAAGUGCUUCCUUGGCAGAUAGAUUGAUACAGGGACAAGUGACAAGGGCCCAGGAGGCUGAGGAAAACUACCUCAUAAAACGGGAGCUGGCCACCAUCAAACAGCAGAGUGAUGAGGCCAAUACUAAGCUGGAGCAAGCUGAGAAUACCAUCAGGGAGCUCCAGCAACAGCAGCAAUGGCAUAAAUGCAGUUCACGAUACAGUGAAGACUUUGUGCUACAGCUGGAAAAAGAGCUGGUCCAAGCCAGGCUGAGUGAAGCAGAAUCCCAUUGUGCCCUGAAGGAGAUGCAAGAUAAAGUUCUAGAGAUGGAAAAGAGGAACAGCUCCCUCCCUGAUGAGGAAAAUGUUGCCAGACUACAAGAAGAACUGAUUGCAGUAAAAUUAAGAGAAGCAGAAUCUUUGAUGGGUCUCAAAGAACUAAGGCAGCAAGUCAAAGAUUUGGAGGAACACUGGCAGCGUCACCUAGCUCGUACCACUGGAAGAUGGAAAGAUCCUCCCAGAAAAAAUGCAGUGAAUGAGCUACAGGAUGAGCUGAUGACAGUGCGCUUGAGAGAAGCAGAAACUCAGGCUGAACUGAAAGAGACCAAACAAAGAAUGAUGGAGGUGGAGACACAGAAUCAGAUCAAUAGUAAUCACUUACGAAGGGCAGAGCAAGAGGUUACCAAUCUACAGGAGAAGGUGCAGUAUCUUUCUGCACAGAACAAAGGACUCCUGGCUCAGUUGAAUGAAGCAAAACGUAGACAAGCAGAGAUUGAAUGCAAGAGUAAAGAAGAAGUGAUGGCAGUACGGCUCCGUGAGGCAGACCGCAUUGCAGCUGUGGCAGAACUCCAGCAGCAAAUUGCUGAAUUAGAAAUCCAGAAAGAAGAAGGAAAAAUUCAAGGGCAGCUUAAUAAAUCUGAUUCUAACCAGUACAUCAGAGAACUGAAAGAUCAGAUAGCUGAGCUGCAUCAUGAGAUCAAAUGUCUAAAAGGCCAGAGAAACUUCUCAGACCAACCCACUUUUGAUGGGAUUCACAUUGUCAACCAUUUCACAGGAGAUGAUGAAUCAUUUCAUUCUUCUGAUGAAGAUUUUAUAACUAACUCCAUACAGGAGAGUGGGGUGAACUUUCAUCUUCCCAGGAGGACUGGUCGGAUGUCUUUGGAUCACACUCUUGUAGACAGCAGUGACAGUGAUACUGAGGAAAGUGCCCUUCAGACUGGGAAUUCAGACAAGAUGGUUUCUAAGCAGAGAAGAACAGAAUCUUACUCUACUACUGUGUGAUUAUCACUGUGACUAGCACUGAAGACUUCCAUAUUUCUUUAAGGCUGAAAUUUUGAGGGAACUGAAACCAUCCAGCAGUUGGUUUAGGUAACUAUUGGAUUUGGUCUGGCCUGUGAUAAAUAUAUACAAGUACUGUCUAUCUGCCUUCUCUCUUUGCCAAAUCUUGCUAAUGACAUACCAUUGCCAUAAAACAGGCUGGGAAGAAGUUGAUGGAUGACAGUUUUGACAGUAUUACUGAAUGUUCUUUGGUUUAGAAACUGCAAAUAUAUUAUUUCUUUAAUGUGUAAGAAGCAGUUUUGCUGUUCACAAACACAGGAAUUAUUUUCCUCAAAAGAAGUUGCUUUUGUGCAAUAUUUUAUGCUCUGAACAAAUGUGUAUGUUUUACAUUGUUAUCCUUUUGUGAUCAAGAUGGACCCUAGUAAACCAUCUGAUCAUGACACAUAUAUAUAUAAUUAUCUUAUGCUUCUCAAUUAGUUUUGUUUUUUUACUAAAGUUAUUGGAUGCCCACAGAAGGCUUGAAAGGCAAGCCUUUAUCUGUACUACUUCAUAUAUGCAAAUAAUGGUCACUAAUGUCAUAAAGGUGUUUUUCACCAUUUUCACUUAAAUCUAUGUGCAUCUGCUUUUGAUGUUGCUAAAUAAUAAAUGGUCUGAAUAUGUUAAUUACAAUAAUGUUUAUUUUGUACAUAUUUAUGUAUCUACACCAAGCUGAAAAUGUACAUUACUCCAUUUUAUAUGAGGAAUGUAAAUGUUUCAAUAUUACUGUCUCUGGUAUUCUAACAGGAAAAUGAAUUCUGUAUAUACACACUAAAAGUGAAUUACUAAAUAAAGGCAAAACACUAACUUUGCAUUAAGUUUCAGCCUAGCUACACUAACAGGCUCAUGUCAGAAAUGCUUGUUGAAAACACUAUUGACUGAAAUCUUUUACCUUCAUGUAUAUGUAAUGAAAAUAAAUUUUUCAUGAUUUAACAAGG